UUGUUUUCCCUGUAUUUUAGGCUGAAAAGAAAAUAUGAACUUGUUUAACUAAAAUUAGGCAAUAAUUUAACAUGGCAAAAUCCAGAAGUACAUCAAGUAUACCAGAUGAGUUAAAAGAAAAACUGGCGUCCUUAGAUACAGCGUUGACACAGAUUGAAACUGUUUUCCAGCCUUUGCUCAAAACAAACCAGUCAGAGCUUUAUGAAAAGAUAAGUGCAAUGGAAAAAGCAAAAUUAGAAUUGGCAGGAGUUUACUCUAUCAAUUCACUAUUUUGGGUGUACCUAAAUAUUUGUGGAGUAAACCCCAAAGAACAUGGCAUAAAACAAGAAUUGGAAAGAAUUAAAAGUUACAUGGAUAGAGCAAAAAAUAUACAAGACAGAGCAAAAGCUCCAAGAGUUGACAAAUCAGCAUCAAAGAGAUUUGUAAAGAGUGCUUUAUGGAAAGCUGCUCAAAAACAGACAGAAAAACAAAGCACCGAAGAUGAUGCAAGGGCAAAUACUCCUGCUUCAUCAUCUCAAGACCAAGAUGCUCCAUCCACCUCUACAGCUGAUACAUCUUACACAAAAGACCCCAAGAUGACAGAACCACCGGCAAAAAAAAGGAGAAAAAGAUAACUUAAAGGAUGUUUUAAACUAUCCACAAAUAAGUCAAGUUCAUCUGAUGAACUAUGGUGCUAAUUUGAAUGACUGCUUACAUAUAUGUAUUAGGUUUUUAUAUUCAUUGAAUGGAGGAAACUGUAAAGGCACUAGACAGGAAUUUUCAGUAUAAGGUAUUAAACUGAAGAACAGAGGAGUUUCCAGAAGAUCAGCAUUUCGUACCUGUUUGUAUGAUACCUAUUUUCCAUGAAGUUUUGUUCCCUUGUGAAUUAUAUGACUUGGAUAUGAUGUAUUAAAGGACUGAGAUUUGAA